AAGAGCGAAAGAGAGAGAGAAAGAAAGAGCGACACACGCGAGCACGGGCGCGCGCUCGCGGGCUCUCGGCACGCAUACAUGCACGUCGCGCGCGCACGCAUACCACAGGACUGCCGAAAAAACUGCACGGGAGAGGCGCAGCAAACCGAACCGCGCGCGAAUCAAGUGCUUUGGCCAGUCGCGUUCCCAAUCACUCUACGACUAGGUAGUCCCCCGGUGUGUCCCAAAGAAGCGGUGAGGAGCAGCUGGGUCCUUCGGUCCUCGACGUGGUCUCUCGGCGCGCAAGAUAAUACACGCAGGACAUUCUAAACGCUCGGACAUCGUCAACGCUCUUUCGCACUUUCGUGAGCCUCGAUCCUGCGGCGCGUGUUAUAUUUUGUUUUCUCGAUCGAUUUCUUUCUUUUUUCUUUUUCCGUUUUCUUCGUUCGCCAACGACCGACGACCGACGAUCAACGGCCGACGAUCGACGAUCGACAUAGACAAAUUGUACGUUCCCGUGGAUUUAGUAAUUCGGUGUCUGGCAUCGUCGUCGUCGUCGUCGUCGUCGUCAUCAUCAUCAUCAUCAUCAUCAUCAUCAUCGUCAUCAUCAUCAUCGUCAUCAACAUCAUCAUCAUCAUCGUUGUCGUCGUCGUCGUCGUCGUCGUCGUCGUCGUCGUCGUCUUCGUCGUCGUCGUCGUCGUCGUCGUCGUCGGAAGAAAGGAGAGUGCGUCUUCUGUUUGUUGUAUAGCUGAAAGACGACGCUACCGAAGGACAAGGCGGAAAAGCAGUGCGCGUCCAUGCGUGUAUCGACGGGAUCGCGAGUACGCGUUACGGUGAUCCAGUUACGCGCGUUCUACGCGAGGGGAAGAGGGAAAGGGAGAAACCUUGAAGAGAAGCGAUCCUUCGUCACGGUGUGAGUGGUGUUACGGUAUACGCGCGAUUAAAUCUGGUCCAACGUCACCGUUUUCAUCGCAGUUUUCUCGCAAUUUUGGAAAACUCUGCGAGGUUGACGAAUUUUCGGAGAGUCCCGCCAAAGAGUAUUGUUGCACAGAGUGGAAGGGGAGCGGAGAGGAGAGUGCGCCACGUAGAUUUCGAGACGCGCGUGCUAAAGAAGUUUGAAAAAGGCGGAGCGCGUUCAAGAUUCGUGCAAGAUUCUUUGGUUCGACACGUCUUCCGUGUGACUUUGAUAUCGACGAUGAGCCAGAGUGAUCUUUGUGAAAGAACGUGAGAACUUGAGUCAAACUCGAUUGUUAAUGCUCGCCAGUCGGACACGCGACCGUUAACGUUCCAUUCAUUCAUCAAGGACCCUAUAUGCGAUUCGUUCAGUUUCCGUCAACGGAAGAGAUUGUAGAGCAUACGGUUCGACUCGAAGACGGAAAAACGGGAAAGGAACGUAAGAGUGAAGAGAACAAGAGACUGGCGCAUCUCUCGCGGUAUUUGGGCGUUGGAAGAAUCGCUAGAGGUCAAACAGGAAAAGUUCGUUCUCGACGUGUCAUCCUCGUCGUCGUCGUCGUCGUCGUCGUGUUGUCGUCGUCGCCGUCGUCGUCGUCUUCGCCGUCAUCGUCAUCGUCGUCGUUGUCAUCAUAUCGAGGCAUUAGUACCACGGGACUCGGCAUCGACAACAAGGACGCCGGGCAAAGGAGGUCCACACUUCACUUCGCGCUUGACGAUCAAGGCGUAACGACGAUAACGAGGACACCGCCGGGAUUCAGUCGAUUGAUACCGUGCGUCGUCGGUGAACGAUGAUAUUUAACUACGAGUCGCGUGCCGCACAGUGACAGCCGGUGUGAAGAAAAGAAGCGAAAGACCGUCGGGGACAGGGGAUACAAAAAUCGAAGGAUGGUGGUUUGAAAUCAGCCGGACCGCAUCGAGAAGACGACGCACGUGAGAGCGACUCUCUGACAGACGCCACAAGGUGAAUAGACACAACGAUGGUAGAUACACAACACUUUUGUCUGCGAUGGAACAAUUACCAGAGCAGCAUAACCUCGGCAUUUGAAAAUUUGCGGGACGAUGAGGACUUUGUGGACGUGACGCUGGCCUGCGACGGCAAAAGCCUGAAAGCGCAUCGCGUCGUUCUCUCCGCCUGUAGUCCGUACUUUCGAGAAUUGCUCAAGAGCACACCGUGCAAGCACCCAGUGAUAGUGCUCCAGGAUGUAGCGUUCAGUGACUUACACGCCUUGGUGGAGUUUAUUUAUCACGGCGAGGUGAACGUGCACCAGCGUUCUCUCAGUAGUUUUCUGAAGACCGCAGAGGUCCUGAGGGUGUCUGGUCUCACGCAACAGGCCGACCAGACCGAGAGAGACGAGCUGUCGCAUGUUCGCGCGCUGGCGGCCGGCGGCGGCAAUCACUUGCCGUUCCACGAAAAGUCGGAGGAGACUUUCCCUCGCGGCGGCUCGCCACCUACACCGGUGACCCCCACGCCGACGACGGUGCAGCAGCUACUGCGCCGGGCGCAAAUACGUCGGAACGAGAGACGCACCCCGGACCCGCACGACGAGUCGGCCAAGAGACCGAGGGUGCCGUCGCCGCCACUCAACAACAACGACGCCACGCCCACGGACUUCUCGAUGGUCAAGAACAAUCACCUGUCGACCAAGGUCGAGGGUAACGGUGUACACGACGAAAACAGCCUCGUCGAGGACAAUAUAAAGUGCGAGCCGUUGGAGCUGACCGGCGGUAACACCGGCAACGCCGGCAACAACGAGGACUCGUCCGACUCGGGGGCCGCGGCAUCGGACCGACCGCCUGCCUCGGCGAGUAGCAACGAGCACGAGCCGGAGCCGGAGCACACGUCCACGCAGAACUUCUUGUCGGAGAGCAAGCUCUUCAACACGACGCCUGGCAGCUUCAACUUCAGCAUGGCGGCACUCACCGAUCACGCGCCGAUGCCAGUGAAAUUUCCAGGUUUGGGCCACACCGGCUUGCAGACGCCAGACCUAGCGGGAACUUCGCAAGGUCUGUUGGCCGGCAGCGGCGCGAGCGAUGAGUUUCGGUGCGAGCCGUGCAACAAAAACCUGACCUCCCUAACGCGGUUGAAGCGGCACAUACAGAACGUGCACACCAGGCCCAGCAAGGAACCAAUCUGUAACAUCUGCAAGCGGGUUUACUCCAGUCUAAACAGUCUACGCAACCACAAGAGCAUCUACCAUCGGCAACACAACAAAAACGAGCAACAAAGAAAGGAAGUAGCGCAAAUCCGCGAACGGCAAAGAGACCAGCGAGAACACGUUGAAAGAAAUUACUCUUCGCAUCAACGGCAGCAACAGCAGCAACAACAGCAGCAGCAGCAGAUACAACAACAACAACAACAACAACAACAACAACAACAACAUCAACAGCAUCAGCAUCAGGCUCAACAACAUUCGCGAAUGGGAUGAGAUCUCUCGCCUCCUGUCCCCUUUGGUCUUUCUCUCUCUCCGUCUCGCGUGAAUUUGUCGAUGUCGUGGGUAUAUCGGGUAUUUACGCGACAUGGACCGAUGUUGCCGUUAUCGAUACUGAUCAAAAUCCAGCGCGAUUCUCGUUCUCGCGAUCGCUGGCGAUCGAAAUACAAAUUUCUUACUGGACGGCGAACGUAGAUCCAGGGCUUUCGACAAGAUUGAAUAAGACUCGAGGAAGCGGAACGUAACGUGGUUUUAAUAUAACGUUAGUGAAUUGUAAGGUGGAGGAAUCACGAUCUCGAGUCGAAUCUCGAUCGUCGAUGACGCGUCGACGAAGCAAAUUUAAUCGCGAUUUCGAUGUGUUAUUUCGAUAGUUUCGUGUCACCAUUCUUCCGUGUACGCUCUCGCGAGAAAGUAGUCGGCUGUCAAUAUCGUUGCGUCUCGCCAAUGACGAUCGAUAGGAGAUGUGAGCUAGAGACAGCGCGUCUCGAAGCGCGAAGUCGGGAAGGGCAGUGUGUAGAGACAGUAUAGGGGGGAGUGUUGCUUCGAACGUCUAUUCAAACAAUACUACGAGGUCGCGUCGAUAUUUUUUACGAAAAAUGCCCGAGAAGAUCGUUGCUCGAGAAGGUUUGUAAAUAGUAGCGCUGUGAAACACGAGCUAAAGUUCGAACUCUCUGGUUCGCGUAUCGGAACUUGAGCGAUUACUUACGCAAUGGGCGUAAUUCCUUCGAUUUGUCACACUGUUUGUUAUUAUUUUUAUAUAUUAUUUAUGUGAGAGACGAGUACGAUAAUAGGAGACAAGUUUCUGUUUAUCGUCCUGUGUGACGGUACGUGAAAAAGGUGCGGUACAAAACGGGAUAAUAAAAUAUUAUUUAACGUAUUUAAUUUGUUCUCGUAACACGCUCUCUUAUAUCCCCUUAAACAAGGCAGUUAGAGUCGGGUAAUGUAUUCCUCCUUCAUUCUCCAAAUCCUCCCUGUUCCUUGCAACUGAUGCAGUUGAUCUUGUUCCUUUCUUUCGUACACAUUCCAUGCUACGGAAAUGCCCCCUUACGAUUUAGCAUUAAGAUCGCCCCCUUUCCGGGGAUUUCGUUCGUUAUAUCCUUAUGACACAGGUGUCACAUCAUCACUUAUAUUUUAUCAAUUUAUAGCGACGUAUCACCAAGAGAGAUUCACAUUUAAUCUCUUCAUAUAGUCUCUCUCAUUGGUUCGUUUGCUCUGAAUUAUUACGAUUUAUCGAAAUAGAAAUUUAUCGGUAAAGCAAAUUGAAUUAAUUCUUACGGCUGAAAUUAUCGUGCUUGAGUCAUCGGGCGAAUUUUAUUCAAACUAAAACUUAAUUACUCCAAUCUACACGUAAGAACAAGAAUAUUGCCGUUCAACAUAUCGUUUCCAUCGUGCCAAGUUACAACGCUUCAUUUUGUGCAUGCAUACACAACAUUUUCGUAUUUUUAUAUUCUCAAAGCGAUUGUUUUUACAUGUGAAUAUCGCGUUAUCAUCUAUAAAGACUCAUCUGUUCAAAGUUGUCGCGUUCAAAGUUGACGCGAGAGAGGGACGUACGCUAAAGUAUUGUAAUUGGCAGAAAUGAACGAUACAUUUCUACGGACACGAAACACACGUGUGUGUACAUGCGCACGUUUGAUACACGAUACUUUGACUUAUCCGUCGUAUUUUCAGGAAAGGCACGUACAAAUACUCUGCAUUUAUUUACUCUUUGUUCUAAUAGAGAAAAAUGUCUAGUGAAAUAUUUCCAUCUCUUUAAUGUAUAUCAUUAUUCUCUCUUCUAUAUACUAUCGAUGUGUUGUAGUAGUUGUUAUUGCCAUUAACAUUUUUCUAUUGGCAAGUUUUCAUAUUAUUGUUGCUACUGCUAUUGUCGCUCCUGCUAUUAUUGCCUCUAUUACUAUCACUAUUGUGACCGUUAUUGUUACUUUAUAUACUAGUUAUUGUUAUCACACACACACGCACGCGCACACAUUGCCUGUACCGUUGACACAUCUCACAUAUAUUAAUCCCUUUUUUCCAUCGAGAGUCACAUAUCGGUAGAAAGCAUUAUGUUUACUUUUAUAGCUCAAAGAAAGGUAUGUUUUCGUCGUUUAUCGUGUUCGCGUGGGAUUUUUGUUCUUCUCAUUGUUUUCUUUUCACUCGGUGUCCCAUACUUGUACCCAAAUAAACGUAGAGUUAUACCGAGUACUCAUUGGGCGUAAUUUCACUUCUUAGAAUUAUUUCAACAAUUGCUUUUAAACGUAUCUGAACACGUUUUAUCAGAAUUACAAAAUCACACAUGUACACACACACACACACACAUACACACAAACGCUAAAUAAAAUAAGUUUAUAUGUAAUAUAUUGUCCGAUUCGCGUAUUUUUGGUCAUUUCCCUAUGACGACAGAAAAGAAAAGAAUAUAGAAAAAAGGCAAGAAAGAAAAGAAAAGGGAGAGAGAAAAUAGAGGUAGAACAGGAGCAAGAAGCAAGAAAUAAUAAUGUCAAUAUUUGUCCUCGUUAAGCUUGGUUCCUCGCUAUCGAUCACUUUUGUUUCCACGAAAAAUAGAUAUUCUCGUUGCAAUUGACACGGUGCGAUAAAGUGGGGAGAAUAAAAAUUUACUCGCAAGUAAGUAAAGGCGAAACAAGUAGUAAAGUACAUAUCGAUCGCGUAAAGUAAGCAAUGCGCGCGCAUGUGGAAAAACGCAACGAAGAUUGUCCGCGAUUUGAAAAAAAAAAAAAAAAAAGAGGGGAAAC